AUGAAGGUGAAUCAAAUCGUAUGCAAAAACUGCUACAGUACGGAUGUUGAGACGAACGAAGGACAAGGGGAGGUGAUCUGCCUCAGAUGUGGCUCCGUCUUGGAGGAAAACAAAAUUGUGGAAUCUUUGGAGUUCGUCGAGAAUAACAAUGGGGCUAUUUCGAUGGUCGGACAGUUCGUCCCCGCGAGUGGAAACAAAUCUUUCAUCCUCUCCUGGGGAGUGCGCGAGAGUAGAGAGUUAUCCUUACAGAAGGGAUACAUCAAUAUACAGAAAAUAGCAGACCAUUUGCAUCUAUCGACGCAACACGUGGAAGCAGCACAGAGAAUAUACUUAAUGGCUCUUCAAAGGAACUUCACCAUGGGGAGAAACAACUCGUACGUUGCAGCGUCAUGUUUGUAUACUAUAUGUAGAAGAGAGAAAUCCCCUGUGAUGUUAAUCGAUUUUAGUGACAUUUUACAGACUCCUGUCAAGCCACUAGGAAAAACAUUUCUGAAGUUGUUACGAUUACUUCAUUUAAGUGUACCUAACAUAGACCCUUCUUUAUAUUUAGAGCGCUUUGCUCAUAAGCUAAAUUUAAAAAAUGCUAUAUAUAAAGUCACCUACACAGGGAUAAAGCUUAUUCAAGCUAUGACAAGGGAUUGGAUUUGUACGGGUAGGAGACCUACAGGGUUAUGUGGUGCCGCUUUGUUAAUAUCUACCAGAAUGCAUGGCAUUUUUGUUCACUCGAAUACUAUUGCCAAUAUAGUAAGGAUAUCUAACCCUACUAUCAUUAAGAGAUUGUCUGAAUUUAAAAAUACCAGUACAGCUAAAAUGAAGGUCUCCGAUUUUGAUAGAAUUCACCUGAAUGAUAUGCCAUCCAAUUCACUACCUCCUUGUGUCAUUGCUUCCAAUAGGAAGAAGCUCAAACAGGACAUGCUUAAAAAUAAUCAAACAGUAUCCCUUUGUGAUAGCGAGGAGAUAUUCAGCACUGUUAGAAGUGCCAAGUCAGGAAAGGAUACAGAGGAGCAACUCCUAACUAAUGACACAUAUUCUCCUAACUGUAACGAUGAAGAUACUCUUUCUUUGCACAACACGAUGAAUAGUACAAAUGCCUACGAUGAGGAUAAUGCUUUGUCUUACAAUAAUUUUACUCUCUUGGAUAGUCGCUCUUCCUGUAAUGGUAUGGAGGAUGGCAUCACCACGGGGUGCAGUGUAAAUGGGGGUAGCACCCGUGGUAUUGGCAACUCCAGCGAGUUGAAUAGCACCAUAGGUAGCUGCCUUCCUAGUGGAAGUAUUCUUGGAGAAAGCCAAACGGGGGAAGAUGGAGAAACCCUAACGAACAGCGGAAUAAACGUAGAAGAAAUUUGUAAUGAGAACCCACAGGGAAAUGAUUUAGAUCAGCUAGCCAAAAAAAUUAUCAACACGAUAGAUGUAGAGAAACAGUCCAGUAUCUUAAAAGUGAACGUUUCUUCCUUGCAUUUGAAUAAUUCUCAGUGUGAUGACAGCGAUUAUGGGGAGACCAACGAAAGGGAGAAGAAACUCCCAUUUUAUCACAGUAACAACCAAAGGAAGGUUAAAAAGGAGAAUAAUGACCUAAGUGACAAUUCUGCAAUUAAAUCGACUGUUUCCAUUGCGAGCAUAAAUCAUUUGUCCGAUUUGGAUUCUUGUUUAACCACCCCCAUGAUUAGUGCCAAAAAGUUGAUACCAUCAAAUGGUAGAUGCCUAGAUGGAAGUUUAUCCCCUGUGCUUAGUGAGAAGCAGAACACACCAAAGCCUACCUCUCGUGAUGAUAACAACGAUUCGCUAUCCAAAAAGCCACUGCUUAAUGGCCCCGAGAUGGAUGACGGGAUGGAUAGCCUAAACAAUGAACCAGAAACGACCUACUGUAGCACACUCAAAGAAACGCUAAACUCGGAACUAAGUCACCUACUGAACGAAGUGGACGAUUUCAAUAUUCUAGAGUAUGCCAAAAAUGGAGAAGAAAACAGUCUAAGUAAUAAACCAAAUGGUAUUCACAAGGAUGAUGCAAACCCUGUUAGUAGUAUCCUCUCCGAUUUUAAUUAUUUUUUUGAGAAUAAUUCCAACACAAUGGAAAGUCAACCACCCAAUGACGUAGACAUCCCGUCAGAUGCAUCAAUAGAGCAACUCAACGAAUCGUUAUCCGACUUUUACGAUAGCGAAAUUGAAAAUAUUAUCUUAUCAGAAAAGGAAAGAAGAAGAAAAAUGCUCAUAUGGGAUGACAUGAUGAAGAAUUAUUUUCCUCAAUACUAUAAGCAGCAUAAAAAACAGAGUAAGAAAAGGUCGUCAUAUCAUCCUGACCGUGUAGGUGGAGAUAAGAGUAAAAGAAAAAAAAAAAAAGAAAAUGACCAUCCUUUGGAUGAACAAACGGCAGGAGAUUCUGUCAUAAUGGCAUUAGAAAAAUCAGACAAGACCAUGUCAACGAAAAUGAAUUAUGAUGUACUCAAGUCCCUUUUUUCGUCAUGA